AUGGCAAUUACAAAAUGUUCAGUUAUUAACAUUUUGUUCUUGUUACUUCUGUUUUAUCAAGAAAGUUCAAGCUGUCAAAAAGCGCUAAAUAAUGGCAAGAAUAAUUAUGGAUUAAACGAUGAUGAAUUAGGAGCAAUACUAUUCGGGCUUAAUUAUGACUCAAUAGCCAAAAAUAAAGACAAUUUGGAAAAAGGAAAAAAUGCAGAAAAUGAAUCCAUAUUCCUUCGUAAUUUUGCCAAUGAAGACACAUCGAAAAACACGCAGAGUGAAAAAACACAGGAAGACAUUGAAACUGAAAGUGUGAAUAUCAACAAAAAAGAGGUUGCUACUUCACAGAAGAAUGACACAAGCAAUGAGAAUUCGUCCGUUAAAAAUGAAAAGUUUGAACUAAAGAAUGAUGAACUAUUAGGGAAAAAUUUUGACAAGGAUAAAGUAAACAAAAAGGGGGAUAACACAAGGACUACUAACAAUGAUGAUUUAACAAAUAGCAGUGGAAAACAAAGUGUAGACAUUAGGGGAUCCCCCAAUAUAAAUAACUACCUACAAAAAACGGGUGACACGCAUAUAGAAAAAUCGGAAUCUCUGCAAAAAGAUGUAAACAUUAAAAAUCAUAAUGAAGAAGCUAAUGAUGAGAAAAGGUUAAAUAGCGGACAAACAAACAGUGAAAAGAGUAAAAUAUCGAAAGACACCAUCGAUAAAGGUGUCCAAUCGAAUGAGUCCACAAAUUUGACCAGUAACAGGUUAGAUAAAAAAGAAAAUGAACUAAAAAAUGCCCAUUCUGAAGAAAAAUUCGGUACACACGUUACGAAUUCCCAAAAAGACAUGCUGCAAAAUAUAAAACCAGUGCAAUUCCAUGAAAGCGCAUACCGUAAAUUAACUGAUGGCUCCCCUGAAUAUGACGAAAAUGAAAUUUUAAACAAAAUAAACAAAAACAAUGAAAAUAUCUUUUCCGAAAAGGUAACUUUAAGAAAAGGUGCUAAAGACAGAAACGAAUAUGAAUACUUCAAGCUGAAAAGUAAUGACUUUAAAGUAUUAGGAAUAAUAAAUAAAUAUUCCUCAAGAGGGGGGUUCUCCAUAUCGGUUGACUGCGGAGGGUAUGACGAUUUCGAUGAAGUUCCAGGAAUUUCUAACUUAUUGCAGCAUGCUAUCUUUUAUAAAUCUGAAAAAAGAAAUACAACUCUAUUAAGUGAAUUGGGAAAGUAUUCAUCAAAAUAUAACAGCUAUACUAGUGAAUCCUUUACUAGUUACUAUGCAACUGCCCAUUCUGAAGACAUUUACCAUUUGCUUAAUUUAUUUGCAGAAAAUUUGUUUUACCCUGUAUUUACUGAAGAACAUAUACAAAAUGAAGUUAAAGAAAUUAAUAAUAAAUACAUUUCUAUAGAAAAUAAUCCUGAAUCUUGCCUGAAAAAUGCUAGUCAGUACAUCACAGAUUUUAAGUAUUCGAAAUUUUUCGUCAAUGGAAACUACACCACCUUGUGCGAAAACGUUUUAAAGAAUAGGCUAAGCAUAAAAAACAUUUUGACUGAAUUUCAUAAAAAAUGUUAUCAGCCAAGAAAUAUGUCACUGACAAUACUGCUAGGAAAUAAGGUAAAUACUCCCGAUCACUACAACAUGAAAGAUGUUGAAAAUAUGGUUGUCCACAUAUUUGGAAAGAUAAAAAAUGGGAGCUACCCCAUUGAUGGGGAUGUUAUAGAGAAACAAAUUAAUCGUAUGGAAUCAGAAGGGAUAAAUUUUAAUCGGAAAAAAGACAGUUACAAUGAUGCAAAUUUCAUCUACAUGGAGGGGCGAAAUGAAAAGGAAGCUGCGUUUCUUCAAUCUAUGAAUGAGCUUCAUUACUCGCUUGAUUUAAACCAGAAGAGCAGGUAUGUUGAAAUAUUAAAAAAGGAAGAAUGGGGGGAUCAACUUUACCUGUACUGGAGCUCCGGAACUAAUGCUGAGUUGUGUAAAAAAGUUGAAGAGUUUGGAUCAAUGACAUUUUUACGUGAAAUAUUUUCUGACUUCAGAAGGAACGGAUUUUAUUAUAAAAUAUCUGUGGAAAAUAAAUAUGUCUAUGAUUUGGAGGUUACCAGCAUAUGUAAUAAGUACUAUUUGAAUUUCGGAAUAUUGGUAAAAUUAACACAAAGGGGGAAAAGUAACCUCGCUCAUUUGAUACACAUAUGCAACGUGUUCGUUACCGAAACAAGCAAAUUAUUUGAUCGUGAUAGUUUAGAUAAAGGUAUAAGUAAAUACAUCCUUGACUAUUACAGGGAGAAGGCAUUGGUCACCGAUUUGAAUUUUAACAGUGAUAAUGUUAAUGUAAGCCUUAAUGAUUUAGUAAUUUAUUCGAAUAGAUUGCUGCUUCACGCUGAUGACCCAUCUUCCCUUUUAACCAUUAAUACUUUAAUUGAAGACAAGCAUAAAAAUGACUUUCGCAAUCACAUUAAAAUAACAAGUUUGGUGGGAUCUCUAAUUAGAAAUGAUAAUUUAAAUAUUAUAAAUGUUGUAGAUGUAUUCAGCUUAACAGAUCAGAGUCAAAUUCCGAACACUACCAUAACGUAUGCUUUAGGGGAAAAUCCAUAUUUGGUUGGUGAAGGGGGAGUUACAAACGAUGUAAAUAUUGCACUUCCAGAAAUAAAUGUUUGCCCUUUCAACAACUUUGACCAUAACAACGUUUUACAUGAAGAAUCAUUUUUCUGUGUCCCAUACAACAAUAGAGAAAACUUUAAAUUUUCGGACACUAAACCAAUGUUUGUGUCUGAGGAAAAUAAGAAUGAGUUCAGAGCUAGCGUUUUGUAUAGCAUGCCUUGUUUGAUUAAAUCAUCCUAUGGGUACAAUGUUUAUUUUAAAAGAGGUCUAACAGAUGCUCCAAAAGUGAAAGCGGAUUUCGUUUUUUAUUUCCCUUCUGAAAAGUUCACUUUUUAUGAAGCUAUUUUUUCCCGUAUACACAUUAUAAUUUUGAAGAAAAAAAUAAAACUAUUCCUCACUGAUUAUGCUAGCUGUUCGGUAAAUGUGCAUAUCAAGCAGAACGCAGAAUCGUACACUGUACACGUGGACAGUAACAGCUAUUAUUUCGCAGAAUUGUUCAGCAAACUAGGGGAUCUCUUAUCAGUGAAAGAAACCCCCUCCAAAGAAGAAUUUGCCGAUGCUUAUGAUGAGUUAAAUAUGUACGUGAGAAGUAGCAGAGAACUGGGAGCAGAAAAGUCGUUAAAAAUUAUGCAUUCCUUAUUUAACCAAUAUGAGCCAACGGACAAAGAAAUGGAUGACCUUUUAAGCGCAUACUUUUUUUAUCCCUCAUAUAACGAUUACACCAAAUAUGUAGUUGAAUUUUUUCAUAGAAAUUAUGGUAGCAUAUUUAUAUAUGGAAAUGUUGCAAUGACGACGGAAAAGGAGAACGAAAAUACAACUAGCUACACUGACCAGAAUGCUGACAAUGGGGACAGCGCUUCACAGUGGGAGAAGCGAGAUAACAGGAUGGAUACGCAAGAAAAGCUCGGAGAACAGGCGUUUGUAGCAGAUUCCGUUCAAGUAUCUCACAACGGGGUAGGGAUAGAAUACUUAGUCAACAUGUCGGAGUCAUUCAUAAAGAAAGUGACCAAUGGAGUUGUAAGACGAAGCGAAUCCACAUACUACACGAGCAAGUUAGUUCAUAAUGAAGAUGUCGAAAUAAAUAUACCCAAUAUGUCUCAAAAUGGGAGCAGCUCAAUAAUAGUGUCCUACACAAUCGAAUCAGAAAGUAUGUUAAGCGACGUUUUAAUUAACAUUAUCGUUGAUUUAAUAUCAUCCGACUUUGUUAAAGUUUCUAAACUAAGAUAUAAUGAUGGUUACAUGGUUGAAGUAAAACCAUUUUUCACGCGUUAUGGAUUAAGUGGAUUGCUUUUCAUUAUUCAGAGUUUUGACAAGGAUGUUGAAAAACUGGAGGCACAUAUAUGCACCUUUGUAAAAUAUGUGAUAUUUCAACUGAUGAACAUUGGAAUGUCUGAUAUGGUGAAAAAGCUCGAAUCCAUGAAGGAGUAUUAUAUCAUAAAUAACACCAUAUUUACGUUCGACCAAGAGUAUGCAUCCAUAACGGAUGAGCUAACCUCUGGAAUGGAAUGCUUUGACAAAAAAUACAAAAUUAUAAAAAUAUUCGAUGAAUUAAUUAAUUGCCCCAAAAUAAUUUUGAAUAAAAUGAAUGAUAUUUUAAAAAAUUCCAAGAAGACAAUUUUUAAGGAAUAUAAAACAGUUCACGAGUCUUCUAGCAAAAGCGACGAAGUUGACAAUGCGAACUCAUACAUGUGCAAUUAUUCCCACAAGGCGCCUGCGAAAUUGUCAAGUGUGCAACUGGCAGCGAAUUCUCGGUUGGCUAAGAAUAAGCAACCAAAAGAGAGAACUUUGCGCAAUGACACAUUUAGGAUGAGCAAAUUACACAAAAAGGAGAAUUUCAUUAAUGUGUCAAAUUUCGUUGAGAUAAAAAGGAAAGGGUUCUUUCAGUACGUUAUGGAUUAUUUUAGGAGUAACGUGAACUCGCCCUUGGAUGACAGCAAUUAUCUCGACUUUAAAAGCUGCGACGAAGAAAUGUCCAAAAGGAACUUCCGCGUAUUUUACAAUUUUGCAAAUGACGUAAAUAAAAUAAGGGAGUACUUUCUCCUUAAGUUUUCCAGUGAUAAAGAAAUUAGGGAGAAGUGCUCCGUAAAUUAUGAAGAAAUUAGACAGUAUUGUAGUGAACACUAA